UGCCAUACUUUCAGAUGCUCAAUUCUUAAACGUAAACUAUGUGUUUCCUAUCCGCUAAGCAACUUUGUGAAUAAUUCUGUUGAAAUAAAUUAUUGAUUCUUUGGAAACGAUUUGGCGAAAAUGUCUGACGGAGGAUAUUACCUGGAAAUAAACGAGCAGAUUUGCUGCCGGGUUAAUCUCAGCGUUAGGAAUUGGAGAGGCGCCUACCGGACGAGUCCGGCUUUCGGCGGACACGGCGACGCCGAGUUGGUCUCAUCCCAGGACUACAUGAGCCCGACGUACAGGGCGCUGGACGCGAGCGGCGUUCCCCUCGGGAGCGCCGUCUUCUACGGCGCCAACGUGACGUGGCAGGACGUGCGCCAGAUCACGUCCAACUUCACCCCGGACGUGACGGCCUUCUGCGACGUGAAAGGGGAGAACAAGAGCUACAACCUGUCCGAGGUGAACUACUCCCUGGUCUCCCAGGCGGAUUACAUGGGCCGAGUCCUGGGGGAGCGCUACGUCAGCACCGAGAAGCUGGUGGUCCUGACCUUCCUGUACGUCCUCAUCUUCCUGACCGGCGUCCUGGGCAACGUCUGCACCUGCGUGGUCAUCACGCGGAACCGGUUCCUGCACACGGCCACCAAUUACUACCUGUUCAGCCUGGCCAUCUCUGACGUCAUCACUCUGCUGCUGGCUCUUCCGCCGGAAGCGACGUCAGUCUGGGAGAGCUACCCUUUCAUCUUCGGCUCCGUCUUCUGCUACAUCAAGUCGUUCGUCUCGGAGAUGACCUCCUACGCCUCCGUGCUAACCAUCACCGCCUUCACCAUCGACCGGUACGUCGCCAUCUGCCACCCGCUUCGCUCGCAGGGGCUGUCCAGCCUCUCUCGGGCGGUCAAGAUCAUCGUCCUGAUCUGGGUGGUGGCCUGCACCUGCGCCCUUCCCUACCCCAUCCACACCCGGACUUUCUACUACAUGGCGGACCCCUGCACGCUGGAGCCCCUCCCGGACUCGUUCGUGUGCAACAUCCCGGACAGGUUCCGGCACAACAUGAAGUACAUGUUUCAGUUCUCCACCUUCGUCUUCUUCAUCAUCCCCAUGGUCGUCAUCACCAUCAUGUACGUGCUCAUCGGACUUACGCUGGUCAAGACUGACCAGUUCGCCGAGGGCAAGAAAAACAAGCAGGCAGCUGUGGCGGCUGCUAAGGCGAAAAAGGCGGUCCUCAAAAUGUUGGUGGCUGUUGUGAUUGCGUUCUUUGCCUGCUGGGCGCCAUUUCAUGCACAGAGGUUGAUGACGCUAUUCGUCCCUGUAGACGCAUGGACAGACACGCUGCUAAGUCUGCAGACGAGCAUAUUUUAUGUUUCAGGUGUGCUCUACUUCUUUAGCUCCACAAUUAACCCAAUCCUGUACAACGUCAUGUCCAAAAGAUACCGCCAGGCCUUCAAGAAAACUCUCAACGUCUGCUUCAAGGGGAAACACUCGGAGUACAGUGAGAACAGCUACUUCCGGUCCAAUCCCCACAAUACAUCAGUAACUGUCUAUACCAACCAUCGUCUGUUGGUCAAGGACAGAGUGGCCAAAAAUGGGGAUAUCGAGGUCAACGAUUCUACUAACGUCUGAUCUCAAUUCUGGAAUCUCCCGCGAGAAUAGCAGCAAAUAAUAUCCGAUUGAGAUCGAUACUGAUCAACCAUAUUUAGCGAUGCCUAAGCCUACACACCAAGAGACGUUUUUUCACUUUGAUAUGUUAACAUGGAGCAGGCGUGACAACAUCUCGCUUAGGAUCUCGCAAAACGUGAUUACCUUUUGGCGGCAGAGUGAUUGCAUCUUACUCGACGCGGAUUAGAAUGGAAAAUGUCACUGAAAUGAAAAGGUACAUUUGGACUGCUACGAAAUAGUCCUUUAGCCCAUUAACACUGAAUACAAAUAAUGCACUUGGUACACUUGGUACGCAUUUAGAAUUAGAAAUGGAAAUAAUGUUCGCAAAAUGAAAUAUUUAAGGAAAAAACAUAACAAUCUUCAAUUUUUGUAUUUCUCUUAGUUUUCAAAAUUUACAUUUUUUUAUUUUUUUUUUGUGAAUUGUGAAAAUGCUAUUUUGCUAUUUUUGUGUAAAACUUGAUCUUAAUAUAAAGUGGAUUAUAAAAAGGAAAGUAAUCAAUCUUUUGUGCAGCUUCUAGGACUUAUUACGAUAAUUAUUCUACAAGGAAUACAAUUGUUUAAACAUAAAACAAUUACCUGGCAAAAGAUUCACUUGACCGAAUCAUCCGAUAAAUGUGUGUUGGUUUGGGGAUAGCUACAGAGGAAUGUGGUGUUGCUUCAAUUUAAACCACGGAUAUUAGUGCAUCAUUUGGUCAAGACGUCUGAUGACUCUGACUCGACUAAAGUAACAGGUUAAUGCUAAUCGCAGAGCUAAGGGCAUUCGUUGAAUGUGUCUACAAUGCCAUUAGGAUUGCAACAAUCUGCUGGACUAUUCACCUCGUGACUUCUGCUUUGAACUCUUGUGGUUCAGAGAUAUGCUCAAUAAACUCCGAGAUUCAAUUUGACUUGUUUAAUUCUGUACACCAGUGAUGCCCAAGCCACGACCCGCGGGUCAUCGUGGAUCUCGGCUAUCCGGCUAUCCUCGAAAGUUUUACACACCUUGUAACAAAGAAACCGCCGAAGGUCAGUUCUGUUGGAUUUGACUAUUUUAGCCCUACUGCGGCCUUUGAUACAGGUUUUAAGAAUGGAUAUUACCCCCCCCCCAACCAAUAACAGGCCGAAAUAUAGCUGGGCAUCACUGCUUUAGACCACAUGCAAAACUACAAUCAAUAUUAUGUUUUCUUUUAAUAAAGUUUUUAAUGUGAAUGAAAUACGAGUAAGUACACAUGCACUUUAGUUGUUGUUUUUUUUCGUUUAUUUUUUUUUUUUUACUUUUUUUUUUAAAACAAAACGGUUUGAGUUUAAUAAUAGAAUCUAAUAAGGAAAUCAAACAGAAUAGAGGGGUGUGUGUGUCUUACUGUCUGUAUGCUGUUACCUUUUUUUGUUUAUAAAUCAACACCGUUUUGUAUGAUCUUGAUGAAACUUUGUGUUAAUAUUUCGUUCACUUUUGACACCAGUUUAUUGAUAUAAGGUCGUUGGCUUGUCCUUCCAGGCCUUCUGUAGAGUCAAACCUUUGUUAGCCUGUUUACAUCCUAAUGCCGAACUUGAAUGAAACUUUUAUAAACUUUUUAUUCAAAAAAAAAUAUGAGCGUAACUUUUCCCUUCGGAUAUAGAGAAAUGUAAUAUCAAUGUAGCUGUGUGUGAAAUAGUAUCUUGAAUAAUUUAAAGGAAACAUAACUCUUCUAACAAAAAAUUACACGUCGUUCUGUCCCUUGUCUCUCUCUCUCUCGUUCUCCCUGGCUUCAACUGUCAGUCAUCUAUUUAUAAUUUCCACUACGACAGACUUGCUCGUUGUUACAUCAGAAUCUAUUGCCCUGAUAGAAACAAAUUACCCAACUAUAGUUUUAAAUGGUUACAUAG